CCCGGCGCAGUGGAAACAGCUUGUGAGAGGCCUUUUGUUUCAGUUUGAACUCGGAAAUGGCAGAGAGAGGCUGAGUCCACUGGGAGAGAAGGGCGACCGAUCGCGUGUGCUGCGUUGCUUCUGUGAGCCGGCAUCAAAGAAUAUGUCAGACCCAAAGUGGGGCAUUUCGGGAACUAUUGGAUAGAAGCUUUUUGUUUUACCUGGGCUAUGACUGCAUUGUUGGAGAUGUAAGGUUGGAACUUGGCUAUCCACAGGGAGCUGUAGUCGUCGUGAGCACGUGAGGCCGCGCCCGCAGCCACAGCAGCAGCAGCAGCAGCCAUGGCUCCCCGCAAGCGCAGCGGCCGGGGGCUCUCCUUCAUCUUCUGCUGCUUCAGGACCAGCGACCACCCGGAGAUCACCUACCGUCUGCGCAACGACAGCAACAUGGGCCUGCAGGUCAUGGAGCCCACCCUGCCCAUGCCCCCCGCUGAGGAGCUGGACGCCAUGUUCUCAGAGCUGGUGGAUGAACUUGACCUCACAGAAAAACACAGAGAGGCCAUGUUUGCCCUCCCAGCAGAGAAGAAAUGGCAGAUAUACUGCAGUAAAAAGAAGGAACAGGAGGAAAACAAAGGAGCCACCAGUUGGCCGGAGUUCUACAUUGACCAGCUGAAUUCCAUGGCAGCUAGGAAGACUCUCCUGGUCCUCGAUAAGGAAGAUGAAGAGGAGAGAAACAAGACAAUUGAGAGUUUGAAGACAGCUCUGCGGACACAACCCAUGAGAUUCGUAACCAGGUUCAUCGAUCUGGAUGGGCUGACAUGCAUCCUGAACUUCCUGAAGAGCAUGGACUACGAGACCACCGAGUCCCAGAUCCACACCUCCCUGAUUGGCUGCAUCAAGGCGCUGAUGAACAACUCACAGGGCCGGGCCCACGUCCUGUCCCACUCCGAGAGCAUCAACAUCAUUGCCCAGAGCCUCGGCACGGAGAACGUCAAAACCAAGGUGGCCGUGCUGGAGAUCAUGGGGGCCGUGUGCCUGGUGCCCGGCGGGCACAGGAAGAUCCUGGAGGCCAUGCUGCAUUACCAGAAGUUUGCCUUUGAGAGGACACGCUUCCAGACCUUGCUGAAUGACCUGGACAGGAGCACGGGGCGGUACAGGGAUGAGGUGAACCUGAAAACGGCCAUCAUGUCCUUCAUCAACGCUGCGCUCAGUCAGGGAGCCGGGGAGACGAGCCUGGAGUUUCGGGUCCACCUGCGAUACGAAUUCCUGAUGCUGGGCAUCCAGCCAGUUAUAGAUAAACUGCGAACCCACGAGAACGCGACGUUAGACCGGCAUUUGGAUUACUUCGAAAUGCUGAGGAAUGAAGAUGAGCUGACCUUGUCAAAGCGCUUUGACACUGUGCACGUAGACACAAAAAGUGCGACCCAGAUAUUCGACCUCAUCCGAAAGAAGAUGAACCACACCGACGCAUAUCCGCACUUUAUCUCUGUUUUACAUCACUGUCUCCUCAUGCCUUAUAAGAGAAGUGGGAACACGGUGCAGUACUGGUUGCUCCUCGAUCGCAUAGUGCAGCAGAUGGUUCUUCAGAACGACAAGGGUCACGACCCGGACGUAACGCCGCUGGAGAACUUCAACGUGAAGAAUGUGGUCCGAAUGUUGGUCAAUGAAAACGAAGUCAAGCAGUGGAAAGAACAAGCAGAAAAAAUGCGGAAAGAGCACAACGAGCUGCAGCAGAAACUGGAGAAGAAGGAGCGUGAGUGUGACGCCAAGACACAAGAGAAAGAGGACAUGAUGCAGACGCUCAACAAAAUGAAAGAGAAGUUGGAGAAAGAAACCAACGAGCACAGGCUUGUUAAGCAGCAAGUGACCGACCUCUCCACCAGACUGCAUGACCUCAGCACCAGACCAAACCUUGUCGUCCCUGGGGGUCCUCCCCUCAUACCAGGACCCCCGGGUGCUCCCAUACCUCCUCCUCCUGCUGUACCUGGCGGCUUUCCCCCUCCUCCUCCACCUCCACCGCCGCCUGGGGGAGGCCCUCCACCCCCACCACCUCCACCAGGAGCACCUCCACCUCCCCCUUUGUUUGGUGGAGCACCUACUCCAGGUGCGCCUUUGGGAUUAGGCCUCAAGAAGAAGAACAUCCCCCAGCCAUCCAACCCUCUCAAAUCCUUCAACUGGGCCAAGCUUGCAGAGAAUAAAUUGGAGGGAACAGUGUGGACAGAAGUGGAUGAUCUCAAAGUUUUCAAAAUCCUGGACCUGGAGGAUAUUGAGAGAACCUUCUCAGCUUACCAGAGGCAGCAGGACUUCUUUAUGACCAAUAACAACAAGCAGAAAGAGACAGAAGACGACCCUCUAAGCACUAAAAAAGUCAAGGAGCUGUCCCUCAUCGAUGGCCGCAGAGCCCAAAACUGCAACAUCCUUCUGUCUCGGUUGAAGCUGUCCAAUGAUGAGAUCAAGAGGGCCAUCCUGACCAUGGAUGAGCAGGAGGAUCUACCCAAAGACAUGCUGGAACAGCUGUUGAAGUUUGUCCCUGAAAAGAGUGACGUGGAUCUCCUGGAGGAGCACAAGCAGGAACUGAACCGCAUGGCAAAGGCUGACCGCUUCCUAUACGAGAUGAGCAGAAUCAACCACUACCAGCAGAGGCUCCAAUCCCUGUACUUCAAGAAGAAGUUUGCGGAGAGAAUUUCUGAAAUAAAACCCAAAGUUGAAGCUCUGACCAAGGCCUCCAAGGAGAUACUGCAAAGUCGCAACCUGAAGCAGCUUCUGGAGGUGGUGCUUGCUUUCGGGAACUACAUGAACAAGGGGCAGAGAGGAAACGCCUAUGGCUUCAAAAUUUCCUCUCUCAACAAAAUCGCAGACACCAAGUCCAGCAUUGACAAGAACAUCACUCUUUUGCACUACCUGAUCACCAUCUUGGAGAAGAAGUACCCCAAAGUUGUGCUUUUCCAAGAGGACCUGCAGAAUGUGCCAGAGGCUGCAAAAGUCAACAUGACAGAGCUGGAGAAGGACAUGAAUAAUCUGCGCAGUGGCCUCAAGAAUGUGGAGAGCGAGCUGGAGUUCCAGAAGGGCCGUCCACAGCAGUCAGGGGACAAGUUUGUGUCGGUGGUCAGCCAGUUCAUCACCGUGGCCAGCUUCAGCUUCUCAGACGUGGAGGACUCUCUUCAGGAAGCCAAAGAGCUGUUUGAAAAGGCGGUGAAGCACUUUGGAGAGGAUUCUACCCGGAUGCAGCCGGACGAGUUCUUCGGCAUCUUCGAACAGUUCCUGCAGUCCUUUUCCGAGGCCAAGCAGGACAAUGAGAACAUUCGGAGGCGCAAGGAGGAGGAGGAGAAACGGGCUCGCAUGGAGGCUCAGCUGAAGGAGCAGCGGGAGAGGGAGCGCAAGCUGCGGAAGGCCGAGGAGGAGGACGGCGAGUUCGACGACCUGGUCUCGGCCCUGCGCUCCGGGGAGGUGUUCGACAAGGACCUGACCAAGAUGAAGCGCAACCGCAAACGCGCCAACACCUCGACCACAGAGGUCAGCAGGGAGCGGCCCAUCACCAAGCUCAACUUCUGAGGAGACUGGAGGCUCUGCAGGGCCCCCUCCUCCACUGCCAGAGGCUCCUCCUCUCAGCCUAUGCCUCCUCUCCUCUGGCCACACUGCCCCCUAGUGGCAGGGCCCAGCAGGUGCUUACUAUGGUGAAGCUGACUUACCCCCCGUCCCCCGUCCCCCCAUCCCCCUAUAAAAAAAACAGAACAGUAAAGAUGAAAAAGGCCAACAGUUUCUUUUGCAGAAGCACAAAAACUAAGAGGUUUUGUCUGUCUGGAAACAGAUUACCAAAACAACGGACGCUCACUUGGAUGGCGAGAGUGGAAAAAACAAGUUCGGAAGGGCUUACUAGAUCCCUGUGUCGACUGCCAAAAAAAAAAUAUAUAUUUUUAAUCUUAUUUUAUUUGAUAUGACUGUGUUCAGCGUAUGUGACCAUGAAUACUACGGUGCUGGUGCACUGUAGCUGGUAGCUUUCAGAAUGAGAGCUGACUGCAGAGCUCAGGGUCCUGAACCCGGCCCCAGCUAGAGGUGGGAAUGGGACAAACCACCGAGGAUGUGUGUGGGGGGGGACCUCAGCUGAGGCUGAACUUUACCAUGGAGAAUGGAGCAGAUACAUCCUCCGUACUCCCCUACUCAACCUAGUUACCCUCCUCUUUAAUGGAGAAGGGAAAGCUAAUGUAAAUGGACAAGGUUUUCCUUUUUUUAAUGUCUGCAGUGUUAGCGCGGAGGGAGAGGAUAAGAGAGCAUGAUUGUUUCAGCCAAGAUGCCCAGAAUCGCCACAUGCUCAUUCUAGAACAUUCUAUGCCAUCUUGAAAGGCAGGCUUGUUUUUUAUUCUACACAAAAGGAGAUUCUCCUGCUCUGCAUCGAAGAUAUAUAUUUUUUAAUCUGGAAAUUUUUUAAGGACUUAAAAGAGACAUGAGUACUUAAAAUAGGACCACACAUGCAAUAAGGUUGAAACACUAUGUAUUGUAUUAUUUUGAUCUGAAAUUAACUUCUUAAAUUGAAAGUAGAAGUGGGGAAAAUGCAACAUUUACAGUAUGCAGAAUAUUAUAUUUAAAGAGAAACAUUUUUUGAGAUCUGACCACACAAAUAGGCUUUGAGCACUUCUGGUACUGUACAUUUUCCAGGAAUACUUAAAAGCCAGGUCUGUGACAUUGAAACACUGUGGAUAUCGGUUUGAAGACUUCUAUGCAUCAUAAAAAGUUAUUUUAUCCUCGGUAUAUGUGUGUACAGACAAAGAUAUGUACACAUGAUUACUCAUGGAUUUACACAUGCAACACACCUUCCAUCGCCAUGUCCUGUUGGCCAUUCUUCCCCUUGAAUAAAAACGUUUUUGAAUAGCCUCCUUUUACCGCGUGAUAAAAGUUUCCUUUGUAUGUGGGUUCCUUCUGUAUGACUUUCUUAUUUAAACUGCUUUUUAAUGUUAUGUAGAUCUUAACUAAAUAAAAAUAUUUGAGAUGUAA